AUGAUGAGCUCUGACUAUGGGCGCCGGAAAUUCCCGCCGGCCGCCUAUUCAUCGCUUCUCGCGUCCUGCAGUGUUCCUGCUUCCAGUUACCCGUAUACCUACACUCCCUUGCCAACCGCGACGCCAACCUCGACGACGCCAACCGCGACUCCCACGCCCGCGUGCAAUGGAAAGACGUACGUCUCCCAGCAGAGCGAUACCUGCGAAACGAUCUCCAAGGCCAACUCCGUGAGCACCGAUCGCCUGAUCGAGGCAAACCACCUAGACUACUCCUGUUCAUCCCUCACGCCGGGAACGCCGCUGUGUAUCGAGGACACCUGCACGGUGUACACUGUCAAAGCAAAUCAGACCUGCCAGGACAUUGUCCGCGGGCAGUCGUUCGGGCUCGUGCAGCUGAUCGGCUGGAAUCCAUUCGAUGGUGGGAAGGAGCAUCUGCAUCUCGUAGGUCUAUUCAUCAGCCAUUCUGGCGUCCUGUCUGACCUUCAAGCGAACAGACCCCCCAGGGGAGGCUCCUUCAGUAUGCCCGACAGUAGCAACUCGACCUCGACCGGUCUCGCGUCCUCCAUCGUCACGGCCUGGACCCCUGGAGAGACAACGACAUUGACAAACCUUACGACCUUGUGGUACUCGCCCACGAUCGAUCCCAGCUACAACCAGUCUAUCAUCACCUAUACGGCCAACUCCACGCUGUCCAGCCUGCUCGCGGAGCGAACUCAGUACUGCUGGGUCACCGACGACGACUGGGACAAUCUCUUCAACCCAGACGACCUUGCCCAAAACUGCCAGUCGCUCUACUCAGCCUACUGCGACCCGGCACCUACGGCCCCCGUUCCCGGCUCGUCGCCCGCUGUUCCCGGCAGUUGCACACCCGUUUACUCGACCGCCGUGCCUUCGUCGACGCCGCAGCGUCCCUCUGCGACGAGCAGUGGCGUUCCCACACCAACCCCAACGCAGAGCGGAAUGGCAGACGGCUGCACCAAGUUCCACAAGGUAGAAAAGGACGAGGGCUGCCAGCAGAUUGCGGAUGAUUACGGCAUCGCUCUCUCCAACUUUUACGCCUGGAACCCUGCCGUUGGGGACGACUGCAUGGGCCUCCAGUACGACUACUAUGUAUGUGUGGGCAAGGCAGCCACAACUUCAGCACCAGCGACUACUACGUCGAGUCCGACGGUCUCGACCAGUGCUACUCCAACCCCAACGCAGAGCGGAAUGACAGACGGCUGCACCGAGUUCCACAAGGUUGAAAAGGACAAGGGCUGCCAGCAGAUUGCGGAUGAUUACGGCAUCGCUCUCUCCAACUUUUACGCCUGGAACCCUGCCGUUGGGGACGACUGCAUGGGCCUCCAGUACGACUACUACGUAUGUGUGGGCACGUCCGCCACCGCUCCAACGUCUACGGCCUCAGAUGAGCGUUCCACGACUACGACUCCGAAUGGAGCCACUCCGACCCCGGUCCAGAGCGGCAUGACGAGCGGCUGUACCAAGUUCCAUAUGGUGGAAGAGGGCGAGUACUGCUACGAGCUGGCAAAUAGUUAUGGCAUCGCCCUUGCAGAUUUCGAGGCCUGGAAUCCGGCUGUCGGCAGCAACUGUGAGGGUCUCCAGUACGGCUACUAUGUGUGUAUGGGUACGUCUUGA